AUGUUAUCCUCUCUCGCCUGUCUCGUCCUCACCGCCCUCCUCUCAAGACCAGUCAUUGCGGGAUUCCUACCAGACCUAUUGCACAGUUUCGAAGACCUUCAAGAUGUGAGAAAGAGAUGCUCAAAUCCAUGCGGGUAUUACGGACAGCUGUGCUGUGAAGCCGACGAAGUCUGCUACACUGAUGCCAACAACCAAGCUCAGUGCGGCGCUGGCACAGGUGGAACAGGUGGAACCGCCGCCACCACCGCUGCAGGACAAUGGCAAUACUACACCACGACCUUCGUACAGACGGAUCUCAAGACUGUUACACAGACGUUCAGUUCAUACAUCCCCCAAACCACACUCAGCUGCUCGUACUCUCUGGGCGAGACGCCUUGCGGCAACGUCUGCUGCCUCUCUGGACAGUUCUGUCAAGCGGCUGGUAUUUGCGCAGCCGUAGGCGGAGGCAGUUCGGGAUUCUACAGCAGUCUCUAUACCGUGACCACGGUCAUCACCAACACAGCCAGCGCUCCGAUUCGACCGACUAGCAACACCUUGGUCACCGUCACGAGCAUUGGAGGCGCAACUACCACGCAGCCGUUCGUAACCCCCGUGAGUACGGACGGCAGCAUCAUUGUGGGGUCACAGACCGAUUCUGGGGGAGGCCUCAGUGGCGGCGCAAUUGCAGGCAUCGUGAUCGGCGUUAUUGUCGGCAUCUUCCUGCUCCUCCUCUUCUGCGCCUGCUGCAUCUUCAAAGGUCUGAUCGACGGGUUAUUAGCCAUCUUCGGACUCGGCCCUAGAAGAAGACGCACAACGGAGGAGGAAGUUUACGUCGAAAGGCACUCCCACCACGGCGGCAGAGGCCGACGGACGUGGUUCGGCACCAAGCCUGCAAGGUCCGAGGUGGUGGAAGAGAAGAGAAAGAGCGGCUGGGGCACGGCGGGCUGGAUGGCUGCCGGUCUAGGCGCUUUGGCGCUAUGGCUCGGCAUGAAAAGGAAGAACCGGCACAGCGAUAAGACCAGCUCGGUAUCCUACGACAGCUCUUACUAUACGGAUUCCAGAUUCUCAAGUGAGUAA